UAAAAAAAAUAGAAAGUAGGAAGUAUUGCUUAUCAUUAUUGUCAUAAAUAAAAGGCAUGUUCUUGUUUAUAUAAUCAAUACUCAUACUCAAAAUCAAUUCUGUGAGCAUAUCCAGAAUGAGUUCAUCAAAAACCAGAAAGUCUACAGAUGUAGAACAAUUAGAGUUGGAGGCUAAGUUCAAAGAGUUAGAACUCACUCUCCCUAAACAACUAUGGUUUGGUUUUUCAUUUCACAAUUAUCAAGGAUUUUGGUGUCCAACUUUUAUUCUUAAAAAUGUAAUUGCAUUCCAAACCCAUUUUGAAGCUCAAGAUACUGAUAUUAUACUCGCAAGUCUGCCUAAAACUGGUACUACUUGGUUAAAAUCCUUACUAUACACCAUUUUAAACAGAAAAUCAACUUCACUACAUACUAUUUCUCAACAAGUUUUUCAAACUAAAAAUCCCCAUGAACUAGUCACCAGCUUUGAGUUCAAUAUUUACAAAAAUUUCAAUGAAACUCAACCAGAUUUAAGUGAUUUACCUUCACCUAGACUUUUUUCAACCCAUAUACCGUUUUUAUCAUUACCAGAUUCAAUUAAAUCAUCCAAAUCUCGAAUCGUUUAUGUUUGUCGAAAUCCUCUUGACACUUUUGUGUCAACUUGGCAUUUUAAUCUAUCAUUUGAUACGAACAAGGACAUGAAGUCAAGUACGGAAAUGAUGGAGGAAUACGUGGAUAAGUUUUGUACGGGGUUAUUAAGAUUUGGGCCUUAUGAUUCUCAUCUGCUUGAAUAUUGGAAGGAGUAUUUGCAAAACCCAGAUAGAAUAUUGUUUUUGGAAUAUGAAGGGCUAAAGAAGGAACCAAAAGCACAUUUAAGAAAGUUGGCAGAUUUUCUAAGUUGCCCAUUUUCAGAGGAGGAAGAGAAUGAAAAUGUAGUAGAAGAAAUAAUUAAGAUUUGUAGUUUUCAAAGUUUGAAGGAAAAGGAUGUGAACAAGAACGGAAAAGCAGUUCCGAUUGUUGAAAACAAGCAUUUCUUUAGGAAAGGAGAGGUUGGAGAUUGGAACAAUGAUUUGACUGCUUCAAUGGCCAAGAAACUUGAUCAACUUUUGCAAGGAAAGCUCAAGGAAGCUGGAUUUUCUUUCACUUACUAUCAACCACCCGAGUUUGGGGGUUAUUAUUAAGGGUUUAUGUUGUGAUUAGUAUAUGUGAUUGUAAUAUCUGAAAUAAUAUUAAGUACUUCCUCCGUUCCAUAAUGCCCGCUACAUUUUCUAUUUUUGGCAAUUUUAUAUUACUUGCUACAUUUUCGUUUUUAGUAAUAAAACAAUCAUUUAAAAUUCUACCUAUCCUUAUUUUUAUCCUACUCUAUACUCUA